AUGGGAUCUAAAACACCGGAGCAUGAAUUCCCAAACGGCGGCGAUGAGCCUUCCAGCUCGGCCAAAGCCAAGUCCGCAGGUGGAGAGCCUCGUGGCACCCACCUGGCACGCGAUGGCGAUGGGAGUUUGGGAGACGGUGACGGAGAUGACGAUGGCGACGAUGAUCAUCCCGUCGAGGCUGUUACCGAAUCGCUGAUUCAGCCUCACGCCUCGGCAAAUGGCCAAAAGAAGAAAAAACGCAAGAAGUCCAAGAAGAAGACUAGCGCUUCCAAGCAAUCCUCGCCCCCAAGAAUCCCGAUUCAGCAGCUCUUUUCAAAGGGACAAUUUCCCAUUGGUGAAAUUCAAAAGUACACUGCCGUCAAUGACAAUACUGCCCGCACCACGGCAGAGGAACUACGGUACAAAUCACGUUCCCACCUCGAAGAUGAUAGCUUUCUGGAUGAUUACCGGAAGGCUGCCGAGGUGCAUCGUCAAGUCCGGCGCUGGACCCAGGAGACUGCCCGACCAGGCAAGUCACUCACUGAGAUCGCUUUAGAUAUCGAUGACGGUGUCAGGUCGCUACUCGAUAAUGCCGGCCUAGAACCUGGCGCAUGUCUACUCUCAGGCAUGGGAUUCCCAACAGGACUGGCGCUGAACAACUGUGUCGCGCACUGGACCCCUAAUCCCGGACAGAAAGAUGUAAUUCUCAAGCAAAGCGACGUCUUGAAAGUCGACUUCGGUGUCCAUAUCAACGGAUGGAUUGUUGAUAGCGCUUUUACCAUUUCGUUUGAUCCAAUGCAUGACAACUUAUUGGCCGCAGUCAAAGACGCAACCAAUACUGGCAUCAAGAAUUCCGGAAUCGACGUUCGGAUCAGUGAUGUCAGCGCUGCAAUCCAGGAAGCGAUGGAAAGCUACGAGGUAGAAAUAAAUGGCAAGACCAUCCCUGUAAAACCUGUACGAGAUCUCAGUGGGCACAACAUCAACCAUUACCGGAUUCACGGCGGAAAGUCCAUCCCCUUCAUAAAGAAUUCUGACCAAACUAAGAUGGAAGAAGGAGAGAUCUUCGCCAUCGAAACGUUUGGAUCGACCGGGCGUGGCGUGACAAGAGAGGGCCCUGGUGUCUAUGGAUAUGGAAAAGAUCCACAUGCACCAAAGAAGAUCAAUGCUCCUCUUGCCUCAGCCAGGUCUCUCUACCAAAAAAUCAACGAGAACUUCGGCACUCUCGUCUUCAGUCGCCGCUAUCUGGAGCGGCUUGGAGUCGAGCGAUAUCUGGCCGGCAUGAAUUAUCUUGUUUCGCAAGGUAUUGUUGACAUGCAUGCGCCGUUGAUGGACGUCGAAGGGUCCUACUCCGCGCAGUUUGAACAUACCAUCCUCCUGCGAGAAUCAGGCAAGGAAGUCAUCAGCCGUGGAGAUGACUAUUGA